CGCGGGGGCUGCCCGGCCACCCGGAGCCGACUGCUUCGCCCCGGGGGUUAUCUCUUCAGCAGACUAUGAGCUCCUUGAAAGAAAGAAUCGUGUCUUACUCAUCUUUGUGUCCCCAGUGUCUAGUACAGUUCCUGAUACAUAACAUAAACUGAAUUUUGGGACAUGGCCACUGCUUCACCAAGGUUUGAUAGUAGUGAUAACCACAGUGGAAGGUUACAGUUAGAGGUAACUGUUUCUAGUGCCAAACUAAAAAGAAAAAAGAACUGGUUUGGAACAGCAAUAUAUACAGAAGUAACUGUUGAUGGAGAAAUUAAAAAAACAGCAAAAUCCAGUAGUUCUUCUAAUCCAAAGUGGGAUGAACAGCUGACUGUGAAUGUGACCCCACAGACAACUUUAGAAUUUCGAGUUUGUAGUCAUCACACUUUGAAAGCAGAUGCUUUAUUAGGAAGAGCAAUGGUGGAUUUGAAACCAGUCCUUUUAACGCACAAUAGAAAAUUGGAAAAAGUGAAGGAACAAUUAAAACUCUCUUUGGAAAACAAGAACGGCAUAGUACAAACUGGUGAGCUAACAGUUGUACUUGAUGGACUGGUGAUCGAGCCAGAAAAUCUAGCAAAUUGUAGCUCAUCUCCAACAAAAAUACAACAAAAUGGGGAUGCCUUACAUGAAGAUGGAGACCCUUCGGCAAGGACAGCUACCAGGUUGUCUCUUGAAGGUACUAAUGGAAUAGAUAAUCAUGUACCUACAGAUACUGUCAUCUCAAACUUGUGCUGUUCAUAUGUAGUUAAUGGAGACAACACACCUUCAUCCCCGUCUCAGGUUGCUGCCAGACCCAAAAAUACACCAGCUCCAAAACCACUCACCUCCAAGCCUGCCAAUGACACUGUUAAUGGAGAAUCAUCUUCAUCUGCACUAACUGCUAAUGCUUCUGCCAUGGGUACUCCAGUACCAUCGGAAGAACCCACAUUGACUUCAGAUUGCAUUAGGACUACCAUCAAAGAUUCUUCUGUUCAGGAGCUACUGGCAUCCUCAGAACACAAUGAAUGUAUUCCUUCUAUCAGUACAGAAUUGGGAUCUGAAACUCAGAACGUAUUAGACCUUAACUCCUCUAAUUCUGGAAGUAGUUGUGCUUUUGACAAAUUAAGGCAAUCAGAUGGAUGUGUGGGGCCUCUUCGGCAGCAGUCUGGGAAUGCAAAUACAGAGUCUUUGCCAUCAGGAUGGGAACAGAGAAAGGACCCUCAUGGUAGAACCUAUUAUGUAGAUCAUAAUACUCGAACUACCACAUGGGAGAGACCACAACCUUUACCCCCAGGUUGGGAAAGAAGAGUUGAUGAGCGUGGGAGAGUGUGCUAUGUGGAUCAUAACACCAGAACAACAACAUAGCAGCGUCCCACCAUGGAGUCUGUUCGAAACUUUGAACAGUGGCAAUCUCAGCGGAACCAAUUGCAGGGAGCUAUGCAACAGUUCAACCAACGAUACCUCUGUUCGGCUUCAAUGUUGGCUGCAGAAAAUGACCCGUAUGGACCUUUACCACCAGGUUGGGAAAAAAGAGUGGAUUCAACUGACAGGGUUUACUUUGUGAAUCACAAUACAAAAACAGCCCAGUGGGAAGAUCCUAGGACUCAAGGCUUACAAAAUGAAGAACCUCUGCCAGAAGGCUGAGAAAUUAGGUAUACUCGGGAAGGUGUUAGGUAUUUUGUUGAUCAUAACACAAGGACAACAACAUUCAAAGAUCCUCGAAAUGGGAAGUCAUCUGUAACAAAAGGUGGUCCACAGAUUGCUUAUGAACGCAGCUUUAGGUGGAAACUUGCUCACUUCCGUUAUUUGUGCCAGUCUAAUGCACUUCCCAGUCAUGUAAAGAUCAAUGUGUCCUGGCAGACGUUAUUUGAAGAUUCCUUCCAACAGAUUAUGGCAUUAAAACCAUAUGACUUGAGGAGGCGAUUAUAUGUAAUAUUUAGAGGAGAAGAAGGACUUGAUUAUGGAGGUCUGGCAAGAGAAUGGUUUUUCUUGCUUUCACAUGAAGUUUUGAACCCAAUGUAUUGCUUAUUUGAAUAUGCGGGCAAAAACAACUAUUGUCUACAGAUAAAUCCAGCAUCAACCAUAAAUCCAGACCAUCUUUCGUAUUUCUGUUUCAUUGGUCGCUUUAUUGCAAUGGCACUAUUUCCUGGGAAGUUUAUUCAUACUGGUUUCUCUUUACCAUUCUACAAGCAUAUGCUAAGUAAAAAACUUACUAUAAAGGAUCUGGAGCCCAUUGAUACUGAAUUUUAUAACUCUCUUAUCUGGAUAAGGGAUAACAACAUAGAAGAAUGUGGCUUAGAAAUGUACUUUUCUGUUGACAUGGAGAUUUUAGGAAAAGUCACUUCACAUGACCUAAAGUUGGGAGGUUCCAAUAUUCUGGUGACUGAGGAAAACAAAGAUGAAUAUAUUGGCUUAAUGACAGAAUGGCGUUUUUCUCGAGGAGUACAAGAACAGACCAAAGCUUUCCUUGAUGGUUUUAAUGAAGUUUUUCCCCUUCAGUGGCUACAAUACUUUGAUGAAAAAGAAUUGGAGGUUAUGUUGUGUGGCAUGCAGGAGGUUAACUUGACAGAUUGGCAGAGAAAUACAGUUUAUCGACAUUAUACAAGAAACAGCAAGCAAAUUAUUUGGUUUUGGCAGUUUGUGAAAGAGACAGACAAUGAAGUAAGAAUGCGACUAUUGCAGUUUGUCAUUGGAACCUGCCGCUUAUCUCUAGGAGGAUUUGCUGAGCUCAUGGGAAGUAAUGGGCCUCAAAAGUUUUGUAUUGAAAAAGUUGGCAAAGACACCUAGUUACCAAGAAGCCAUACAUGUUUUAAUUGCUUGGAUCAACCACCAUAUAAGAGUUACGAACAACUAAAGGAAAAACUUCUUUUUGCAAUAGAAGAGACAGAGGGAUUUGGACAAGAAUGA